AUUUCUCCCUCGACAGCCAUGACUUCGGAAUCAAGUACCACCAAGAAAGCCAAGCGCAAGGCCGUCGUAGAAGCUGUUGUUGACACCGAACCUCAGCCUGUAAAAAGGAAAAAAACUACGGAGGACAUGGAGGAUGCACCACGCAAAAAGUCCAAGAAAGAAAAGACUCUGGCUGUCCCUCCUGAAGAGAAAACGCCCAAGAAACGGAAAUCCUCCGACGUGACUGUUCUACCUGACCAACCUUCAAUCGACGAUGAGCCCAAACCCUCAAAAAAGUCAAAGAAGGCGAAAGGUGAAGCUGAUCCCGAGGUUGCGACGGCCGUCGAAAAGAAAGACAAGAAAACAAAGCAACCUGUCGUAGAGGAAACCCACGAAGAGGUUGCUCCCAAACCCACACGAAAACAAAAGAGGGAGGCUAAGGCUGCCGCCAAAGCUGAAGCCCCCGAUGUACCACCUACCAUUCCUUCCGAUGUCGAGCCUGCGCCAAAAUCGGACAAGAAAAAGAAGAAAAGGCCGAGUGGGGUGGAAAGUGUUGGCGAGCAACCUUCAGCAAAUGAGAAGGUGACGGAAAUCGAGACUGUGGCGUCUACAUCAGAAGAGACGAAAGUAGGGAAAAAGCGGAAGGUUAAGCCGGUUGAAACGAAACCGGUUGUUGAUGUCGAUAGCCCUCAACCCACUGGCACUCCAAUUGACAGUCCUCCCAAACCGUCGAAGAAAGCAAAGACUACUGUUGCUCCAGAAGCACCACUAGAAAAUUCUGUCGACGUGACACCCAAGGUCAAAAAGUCCAAGGAGGCUGUCCCCAUCCCAAAAGAGCCCAGUCCGCCACCACCAGACUCUGAGGAAGAAGACGACGACGCGAUCCAUGGGUUCAUGACGGAUGACGAGGAUUCGUCUGACGAGGAUGAUGGGUACAUGGAUGUCGAGGUUUCAGCGGCCGAUAUUUCCAAACUCCCGACCAUCGCCAAAGACGACAAGACGGUACAAAAGAAACUGGAAAAUGCCAAACGAAAACCAGCGGCAGAUCGCGGGGUCAUUUUCUUGGGCAGGAUACCGCAUGGAUUCUAUGAGGAGCAAGCAAAGGCAUACUUCUCGCAAUUUGGCAACGUGACGCGACUACGUGUGUCCCGAAACAAAAAGACUGGCCAAUCGAAACAUUACGGAUUCAUCGAAUUCGAUUCAUCUUCCGUGGCCCAAAUUGUCGCUGACACAAUGGACAACUACCUUCUCAUGGGCCACAUCCUUCGUUGCAAGUUAAUUCCUAAGGACCAAGUGCAUCCUGAACUCUGGGUUGGCGCGAAUCGCAAAUGGCGGCCAGUACCCAAGGCGCGAGUUGCGCGGGCGGAGCACAACAAGCCUCGAACAAAAGAACAACAACUUCGGGCGACAGACAGGUUGUUGAAACGACAAGAAGAGCGUCACAAGAAACUUCUCAAGUUGGGGAUCAAGUACGACGCCACGGUGGCCGGAUAUAAACCACAGGCGUAG